AUGGAAUGCAGGGAUAUUUUCUUAGAAGCUGGAAUGGAUCUCCGAAAGUUUCAAACGAGCUCCAAGGAGCUUAGAGAUCUUUGGAGGGAAUCGGGACUGUCCGUGGAAGAAUCAAGUGACAUUGUUUUAGAAAAUGAUUCCUUGAAGGUGCUAGGAAUAUCUUGGAACACGGACACCGACAACUUUUAUUUUGAUUCCAAACAUCUGGAAACUUUUUUGGAGAAACAAACAAAUACCAAGCGUUUUUUGCUUCAGGUAGCCAGUCGCAUUUUCGAUCCCUUAGGUUUUCUCGCCCCCUUUACAAUAAUCAUUAAAUGUCUCAUACAGGAAUUGUGGAAUUCCGGUUUGGAUUGGGAUGAUCAGAUAUCUGGAGACUUAAACGCGAGAUGGAUUAAAUGGUGCAACGAUGUAAAAGAUAUUCCGAAAAUCAAAAUACCAAGGUAUUAUUUUUUGAAAGGUCCAAAAAGAGUUAUUGAAACUAUUGAAUUGCACUCAUUUUCAGACGCAAGUUUGCGAGCCUAUGCCACGGUCGUCUAUUUACGAAUUGUAUACAAUGAUGGAUCCGUUCAUACGAACCUAGUGACAGCUAAAAGUCGUGUUUCCCCGCUCAAAACACUCUCAUUGCCAAGAUUGGAGCUACUGGGUGCUCUGUUAGCCUCUAGGUUGAGUAGUCGAGUGUCUUCAAGUCUGAAGAUUCCCUUAGAGAAGCAUUGGUGGACUGAUUCUACCAUUGCUUACUUUUGGAUAAGAAAGUCACCUAGGGACUUUAAACCUUUUGUGAAAAACAGAGUUGAGGAGAUACAGAAACUCACAGAACCUUCACGCUGGACACAUUGCCCUGGUAAAGAAAAUCCAGCAGACAUGCCCAGCAGAGGCUCAGUUUCUCAGUUUUCUCAGUUGAAUCACAGUGAUUUCUGGUGGCACGGCCCCAAGUGGUUGCAAGAGCCAAAACAAUGUUGGCCCAAAUCUGAAGAACUGAACGUUGAAGAUGAAAAAUUGGAAUAUCGCUCGCGACACAAUUACACGCAGCAGUUUGAAGUCAUAGCCCAAACAGAGGAGCUUUUAGAUCUCUCUAAACAUAGCAAGCUUACCAAAUCCCUAAGGAUUACUGCCUGGAUCAAACGGUUUGUUUGGAACACGAGAAACUCGCCAAAGAAAAGUGGACCACUAACUGGAGUAGAAUUGGCCGAGGCAGAAAAUUUUUGGAUAAAGAGCACUCAAGGUUAUGCAUAUCGUUCUGAAAUUAAAUCUCUUAGCAAGAAUGCGUUGAUUCAUAAAGAAUCAAAAAUAGCUAGCUUUGUUCACUUCCUAGAUGAAAUAGGGAUCCUGAGAAUCAAAGGAAGAUUAGAUCAUUCAAAAUUCACCUUUGAUGAGAAGCAUCCUAUAUUGUUGCCACGCAGUUCCAAAUUCACCGAAUUGAUUGUCCGAAGAGAACACGAAAGGGUUCUGCAUUGUGGAGUAGAUAUCACUUUGAUCAACAUCAGGAAGAGGUUUUGGAUUCCGAAGGGGCGCCAGCUCUUAAAAGGAAUAAUUGGAAAAUGUCUUAUUUGCAGCAGAUAUUCAGCUAAAGCAGCAAAUCAAAUCACGGCUCCGUUGCCAAAGGACAGAGUUGUUGAAUCUCCGCCCUUUUCAGUAUGUGGAAUCGACUUCGCCGGACCCAUAUAUGUGAAGGAGGAUAUUGUUGUAUUUUGUAUUCCUGCAGCUAGUGAACUUCAUGAAGUUCAGGUGGGGAGGAUGUGGAAAAUCUCGGUAAGUUUGCCUGAAGAGGGCGCUGGAGUAAGUUUUAUUGUCAUUCGAACAGUUGGCCUCGAACGAGGAAGAUCGAAAUAA